CCCCGUAGGCCGCGGGCGGGAGGCGGCUUGCCUGGAUCGGCAGCGGCCGGGCUCGGCAGCGGCCUGGGGCCUGGCUCUAACCGCUGUCGGGCGGGGGCUGCGGCCGCAGCGCUGUGCGGUGCAGCUCAGCUGAGCGGCCGGGCCGGGCCCGGGCCUGUGCCCUCCUCGGCCAAACUCGCCCGCCGCCCCCGGCUGCUGCGGAAGGAGCUGCUGUCCGGCGGCUGUAGCAGCAUGGAGCUGGGCUGGGCCUGGCUUCCAAGCAAGGGCAAACCACCCUCUGACUUCAGGGUCUCUCCAGUCCAGAAGCCAUUAGCAGGGUUAUCAGAGUCCUCAAGAUUUUUGUGUUUGUGGUGGCCUUGCUAAUACGACCAACGUGAUGGAAAGCAGCGUAUUUCUGUUGGCGAGGGCAUGUCAUAACUCUUGCUUUCCAGUAUCUUCCUCAUUUGGAGCUACUGGAAUGUUCUCCAGAGGUUCCACUUACACCUUUCAUAUACGUGCUGAAAUCAUACUUUCCAUAUUUGUGUCUCUUUCCAUAAUUGCUGCUUCUAGCAUGACAGUAGGUCCUCGGUUAGUCCAGUGCCUGCUAACUGCAGCUGAAGACCACUGUUGUGGUCUAGUUAAGGGCUUUUCGGGGUCACGCACUAGAAGUCAGUGAAAGGAAUUGUGUGUUAGCCUUGUUUCCACUUCACCACCAGCAUAAAACCUUAAGCUUAAGCGUAAGUCUAAUGAGAAAUUGCAUCUUUUUCAUCUGGUGAAAAUGUAUGUAAGCUGCUCUAUUAGGAGCUUAGAACUUAAAUUAAAAAUGCCUAAUUUGGUCACAACAGGAAAUGUGCUAGUGAUGUUGGUUAAAAUAAGAAGCUCUUUAAGGGUAAUGCUCAUGUUAUAGAGGGAUUCGGCCUGUAAAUUGUUUAAGGGUGAGACUUAGCAGUACUGCACCCCAUUGUGGUUUUUAGAUUUGCAUGGUGAUAGAUGUUGGAAGACCUCUGACAAGGAGGGCAGGACAGUCUCUCUUUGCUUGGGUGAGGUCCUAAUCAGAGUCACAUUGUUGGUGUUUCUAGAUGACAGUGUGCUUUAUCUUGUGAUUGUAACAGCUCUGAGCAGUUGAGUAGACAGCUGUAAAGUCGGAACAGACCAAAAUGACGUUAUCUGUUGGUAGCAUAUAUGAGCUAUGUUGGACCUUUAUUCACUGUGGAGCAUCCUGUGCUUUUUUUUUUGACCAUGGAGACAGAAUCUGUCUUCCCUUCCUCAUUGCCUUUGGUAGGGUGUUCAGUGUGGCAGUAAUAUAAAUCACACUUGGGUUUGUAUACAGAGUAUUUUUGUGGAUGUACCAUGGGUGAUCAGAAGAAAUGCUGGACUUGUUACACAGAGAGCAAAGUUACAGGAGGUAAAGGCCUGGAGAAGGCCUUUAUCUGGUGGACGGUAAGUCUAGUAUGAGUGAGAAUGACUGGCUACAUUUUGGGCUAUGUUAGCAAGGCCAAAGCCAUUAGAUAGAGGAAAUAUUUAUUACCUGCUUUUCAGCACUUUUGAGACAAGUCCAGUUUAGAGCCGUACAGUACAAGAAAGAUGCUGACAAACUGGAAGGGGUGCAGAGAAGGACCACCAGCAUUGUUAGGUGGCUGGAGCACAUGGUGUCUGUGGAGAAGCUGAGGGAGCUCUGCAUGUUUAACCCAGAGAGGGCUUAAAAGGGGAUCUUACCACUGCUUUUAAUGAGUGGUUAUAGAGAGGGGGGGCUUAGAUUCUUCUCAGCAAAGGCACAGAAGGCAACAGGCACAAAUUGCUGUAAGGGGAAUACUACCUAGAGUAACGGAGAAACAUUUUCACCGUGAGGGUGGUCAAGCACUGGAUUAGGGGCCCAGAGAAGCAGUGGGAUCUCCAUCGACGGAGAUGUUACAAACUGGACUGGACAUGGCCCUGAGCAACCUGAGCUAACUCCCUAGUUAGCAAGAGGUUGGACAAGUGCUGUACAAUGAGUCUUUCCGAUAUAAAUAAUCCUAUAAUUCUCUUCAAGGUGAGGAAACAAUGUCAUUCAGAGUAGAGUUGACUGUCCCUAAGACAAGGCAGUGCUUAGAUGUCUCCUGCGUGCUUGACAGCAAAGAAUUUGUCAGAUUUUAAUUUCUGUUACAGGUUGGUGCAUAGAUCUGCAAGUGAACUUAUAAAACUGUCACGAUUGCGUUUGAGGUAUUGCAUUUAGCACUACAGGCAAAAGGACAAGUAAUGUUUUGCAAGGCUGAACGUGUGUGGACAGGAUUUAAAUGUACUUGAGGAGGAUUUUGUGUUUGGAGAAAGCCAUAAACAAUUAAAAAUAUAAUAGGUGGGAGAGUAUAACUUCUAAGUAAUCUUUAAAGCUAUAUAAUCACUUCUUCAGUUUUGAAAAAUGUUUCUGUGCCAUAACCCAUACUCCCAUGUUGUUCUUUAGCUUACUAGCUAAAGUGGAACCUAGUGGAACUAGUGGUGGAACCACUGGAGAAGCCCAGGCAUAGCAGUCUGAUAAAUGUUGUAGUGUUGGAUGCUGCUCCUGAAUCCUGCUUGGGCUCACAAGUUGUGUUUCUUGUAAUUGCUGUGGGUGUUUGCUGCCUGACGGGUUCUGGAGUUUGGCUCUGGCAACUGGAAUGAAAAGGAGCUUUCUCUUGCUCUCCCACACAUGCACUCUCUCCUGUCCUUUCCCCCUAAUUCACACUGCAAAACACGUGUGCAUGGAAUCAGUGAAGUGCAUGUCACUAAGUGCUUAUAUAUCACUGAAGGUAAACGAGCUGCUUGUCACAUUGUCUUCAGGAACAUGCUGGGGAGCAAAAUGUUGUAAACCUGAGCUAGUGGAACAGGCAUGGAUCGUGGGAGCAAAGUCCUUGUCACCAGAUCAGCUUUCUUCUUGUUAAGAGAUGUCACAUUGAGCAAUGUGGGUAGAGGCAGAUUUCAAAACAGAAGGAAAAGGAACAUCCGUUUGCUCUAUCAGAAUGGGAGAAAAAAUUGAGACCAGAAAAUGUGAGAUGAGUUCUGCUCUAGUACAUGUUUUAACAUAUCAUAGCGAAUGUGGAGUAAGACUGAUUUUCAUAGUUUUUAUCACUGUGGUUCUGACAGUAUUAAUUAUCUCCUGAAUUUCAGUCACUUUUAACAGUAAAGGACUGAUAGACACAUGUCCAUCUAGGCAUAGAAACUCUGCAGUCAUACAUGCUGAAAGUCACAUUUUAUUAAAAAAGCCAAAACAUAACACCAAGCUUAUAUUUUUUCAGAAAUUGUUGUUCUUAAUCCAUUUCUCUGUAACAAGCCUACGUUAUAGUUGCAACAUGUUUUUCUUCUUGGUCUUGACUAUCAGUUACCUGAAGUCUUGACCAAAACUUUAUUCUAGACUGGGUAACAUUUUUGCCUUAAGGCAUUAUUAAUGUUGUUCUAGAACUGUAGAAGAUAGCCAAGCAUCCAGGUUGUCCCAUGGUUAUAAGAUAAAGUGAAUAGCAAGUUUUCCCCUUGUGGCGAUUUAACCCCAGCUGGCGACUAAGCGCCACACAGCUGCUCACUCUCUCCCCCCACAGUGGGCUGGGGAGAGGAUCGGAAGGGUGAAAGUGAGAAGGCUUGUGCAUUGAGAUAAGGACAGUUUAACAGGUAAAGCAAAAGCCAUGCAUGCAAGCAAAGCAAAACAAGGAAUUCAUUCGCUGCUUCCCAUCGGCAGGCAGGUGUUCAGGAUCUCCUGGAAAGCGGGCCUCCAGCAUACAUAAUGGUUCCUUGGGAAGACAAACGCCAUUAAUGCUGAACAUCGCCCUGAUCCUUCUUCAUCUCCCAGCUUAUAUACACUCAGCAUGACGUUAUAUGGUAUGGAAUAUCCCUUUGGCCAGUUGGGGCCAGCUGUCCUGGCUGUGUCCCCUCCCAAUUUCUUGUGCCCUUCCAGCCCUCUUGCUGGCAGGGCCUGAGAAACUGAAAAGUCCUUGACUUGUUGUUGCUGGGUAAUGUUUACACUUAGAAACAUCAGUGUGUUGUCAAGACUCUUCUCACACCAAAUCCAAAACACAGCACUGCACCAGCUACUAAGAAGAAAAUUAACUCUAUCCCAAGUGAAACCAUGAUGCCCUUAAAUCAUAUAAAGCUAAUAAACAAAUGUUGCUCCAGAAUUAUAGAAAGCCUGGAAUAUCAUCCCAGAGAGGUCUAGCCCUGAAACUUCUUAGGAGCUGGUGUUGGAGAAGAGAGAUUCUUAUACAUAGGCACACUACAGCCAGAGCAGUUAAAUCUUUUAGAGGACUUCUGUGAUCUUUUUCCCUUGUCCUUCCUGCUGCCUCUGUGUUGUGCUCUGGGACUUGGUGCUUCACUGUCUGUAAAAUUUCCAGGUACAGUUAAAGGUCUCUGCAGGAAUGAGACUUGCUUAUUUGAUGUCAUCUUCUUCUAGAGUCAUUGUAUGCUUGUGGUUAGUGGAAGUGUUCAGCAGGUUUUUUUAUAACACUGGAUCUGAGAUCGUGCUGUUCCCUGUUGUAGAAGUGCUUGGGAGAAGGUUCUGAGUGUACUACUUACUGUGUAGAACAGUAAAUAAGACUAAUCACUACAGCUUUCUGAAAAUUGAAAAUGCAGUAUAAAUUGGUAUUGGUAACAGUAGAAAUGUUCUAGAUAUGCUUAAGCUGAACAGUUUUAAGUGAGAGAAAAAUCUUAGCCUGAGAUUAAGCAGUUGCACUAUCUUUCUCAAUCAAAAUUGUCAGCAUUUCCACUACACAAAAGAAAGGGACUGGAAAAAUCCAAGUGAAAGUUUUGCUGCAUGAGCCAUUACAUGUCCAAUAGGUGCUGCUUGGAUAUGGGGUAAAUGGUGUAUGAAUAAAAUGCAUGGGAGAGGUUGCAUGAUUAAACAGGAUAGACAGGUCUAUCUUUUUUGAGGAUUUAUUCAUACUUUUUUUUUUUUUUUUAAUUAAACAGGAGAUGAUAGGUGGAAAUGAAUCCUGUACUGCAGGACCUAUACCUGUGUCCUACUUAACCUGCCUGACUCACAUUCUGAGAGAAUGGACUGGUGUGGAGCAUAUUGAAGAUUAUCUGAGUUAUGCAGUCUACCUUUUAUGGGUGCUUUUUCCACUCGCAGUAGUUUUUCUGCUUCCAGGAGUUCUUGUCAUCCUCUUCUAUGCUUCCAUUCUCCUUCUUCAUAUUUAUAAAAGAAAGAAUGAACUAAAGGAAGCUUAUUCCAAUGAUUUUUGGGAUGGUGCAAGACAAAUGUUAGCUACCCUAUGGGAUGGACAUGGAAGAAUAUGGCAUGGUUAUGAGCUUCAUGGUGCUGAAAAUAUUCCUGAAGGACCAGGGCUUAUUGUGUUUUAUCAUGGAGCUACUCCUGCUGACUAUGUCUAUUUCACGGCUAGACUUCUUAUAGAAAGGAAGAGAUACUGCCAUGUAGUAGCGGAUCACUUCGUCUUUAGAUUACCAGGUUUUAAAAUAUUACUUGAUGUACAUGGAGUUAUGCAUGGACCAAAAGAAGAAUGUGUCAGUGCUCUGAAGAAGGGCUAUCUGAUAGCUAUUGCCCCAGGUGGAGUUCGGGAAGCACUCUUUAGUGAUGAAAUGUAUACUAUAAUCUGGGGUAAUCGGAAGGGCUUUGCUCAAGUGGCCAUUGAUGCAAAAGUGCCCAUCAUUCCUAUGUUUACACAAAAUGUUCGAGAAGGCGUUAGGACAUUAGGAGGAAUAAAAAUACUUAGGUCACUAUAUGAACGUAUUAGAUUGCCAAUAGUUCCUCUGUACGGUGGAUUUCCAGUCAAGCUUCGUACAUUUAUUGGAGAGCCCAUUCCGUAUGAACCAAAUAUAACUGCUGAAGAACUCACUGCAAAGACAAAAGCAGCACUCCAAGCUCUAAUAGAAAAACAUCAGAAAAUACCAGGAAAUAUAUUUAGGGCUUUAAUGGAACGAUUUCAAACACAAAAGAAAGAAGAUUAAGGUCUUCUGAAUAAAAUACUAUUUAGGUAUAAUAUUCUUAGUUAUAUUUGUAACUUAUUCAUUCUUCUAAUAAUAGGUUUUAAAUUCUGCCCUAAUGAUACUGCUGUAUAAUUGAAGAUACAAGACACUCCCUUCCCCUUCCUCCUAUCCAGUAUCAAGCUCAGGAACCCAAACUGCAAAUCAUUUAUAAUGGAGCAAAGUUUAGUUUGUGAUAAAUGCAUUCCUACCUUGAAAGUGGUUGGUGGUUGUGUGUGUGUGUGUUUUGGUUUUUUUUUAAUGGCAGCGCUGUGACUCUUUAUGUAUGUGGUCUCUUGUCCUCUUUUUGUUUUGUUUUGUUUUUUUUUGUGUGUCGUUCCCCUACUCCCUCCCUCCAGGUUGCUCUUUAACCUGAAUGUUAGACCUGCUGAAGAGCUAGAGUCUUACUGUCUUGAUCAUAAUCACUGUAACUAGGUUUCGCAGGCCAGAUUAAUGCCAUACAGCAUUUAUAAAAUCUUUCUUCAGGUUGUCACUCUAGUGCUGUUGGAAAACAGUCAACUUUCUAUGGUCUGUAGAACCACAAAACCUAUGGUGGAAAGUGUUUAGUUUUACUGGGUGAGCUCAGAAAGAGUUUGGAGGGGUGAGAGUGGAUUAGAGAACUGCAGUGAACCAAAUAAAUUUGUUACUGGAAACCACUCCGAUGCAGUGAACGAGAACCCUACAGCACAGGUGCUGUUCCAAGCCGAGCCACAUUGGAUAUCGGGCCUUGGGUAGAGAGCUGUCCUGUAUACUUCUCAGUGAAUCUGCAAAUUCUCCUUUGGAAGUAUGAGCCAAGCAUUUAAACUUUAAGAAAUGGAAAUGAGACUACUGUUUAGUAACAUGAGCUUAUAAAGCUUUCUUUUGAAGGAAAGAAAGAAUUAGCACAAAAUUCCUUUUAAGAGUAGUAGUUCUUUUGAAAAACAGGAUAUACGUUCCCAAAUACCCUUUGAGUCUAGUAUAUGCAAACUGUUAUAUAUAUAUAAACUGUUAAACAUGCAUAUUCUUUAAACACAGAUAUUCACAUAAGUUAUUAAAUCAGGGUUGAGAGGCAAAUCCUAUAUAUUUUUCUUAAGUGAAAACAAUUGAAUGAACAGGAAAGAAUUGCAGGCUUGAGCUUUUGUGCACUUACAGUAAAUUAUACUUUUUCUGAACUAAAGCCUAUGCUUUUAUUGUCCAAACAGGAAAUAUUUGAAAUAUUCUGUCUGAUUACCAGCAAGUUUAAUCUCCAGUUCUUAAGUUAACAUCUGGGUACUCUUCAGUUUUGGGAUGAGGACAAAUUCCUUAAGACAAAAGAGUUUUUUGCCAUAUUACAUUGUCUCCUUUCAAUAUUGUUGGGGUUUGACCUUUCCUUAAAAGAAAAAACAAAAACAACAGCCCCCCUGCCAACUUUUGAAAGUUCACUUGUAUUCAGUUUAGUAUCCAUUCCUCCCACUAUUUAAGCACGUGCUUUGCUUUAUACUAGUGAAACUAUAUAAGUGCAUGUGGAUGAUGCCCUGUGUUAGAAAAAUACCACUUUAUGGGAAGGAGUCUAUAAAUUAUGGUUUGCAAAAAGCUUGCUUACUUCAUGAUGUUACUUUAUAUCAAAAGGAUUUUAUGUGAUGUUGAAUUAAAUUUUUUAAAGCUUGAGGAAGAAUUAUGUUAUGUAAAAGCAAAUGACCAUUCUGAAGUUCUUUAAAUGACUUGGGUUUUAUUUGAAGGCACAAUUGUAUUCUUUUAAUUUAUCAGAACGUUUUUAAAAAUAUUGUGUUAACACAGUAUGUCAUUAAAAGUGAUAAUGCCAAAUUCCAGCAUCAGAGUAUAACUUAAGUAUGACUUUGUUUUUACUGGCCAUCUUGAGGAAAAUGUGUAUUACUUUAUAUAAUGAAAUUCUCAAAGGCAGCUGAACAUAUUUUGUGUUGAGGUUGCAUAUAUGUAAAAGAAAACUCAGUCUAAAAGGCUCUGUUAGACAACAACAGACAAGUGCGAUCUGAGAUUUUGUAAAAUUUAUUUUAAUAAUGUUGGCUGUUUGAUGCAGUUUUGUCCCUGUAAGUAUUGAAAGAUGAGUAUAAAAAAAUGAAGGGCAGUAUUGGUACUCUUUAAGUGUUCAUAUUUGUAUAGGCCUUUCAUAUUUAUUACUAUAUAUAAAAAAUGUAUAAAAGACCUUUUUUUUUUUUUUUUGAUAAAAUGAAUUUGAAUAAAAUUGACAACUGGAAUAGG